GUGUCUGACUAUAUUUGCUACUCUUUAUCCAUGCAUUAUUAAACAAAGUUUCUCCGAGGGAAUAUAUCGCCAUGUUUUCAAAGUUUCAAGAGUCAAACCCAUUUUUAAAGGCUUGAAAUAAUUACUUAAUUAAUAAGGCACAGACUAGAUUUUGAACCAAAAGUCUUGUCCAGAGCCCUGUCCUCUUUCACAUUCAUUAAGCACUUAAUAAUAAGUCCUACAUUUUGGGACUUCUUUGAUAUGAGUAGGGUUUUUGACAUGGCCAACCAUCCCAUCCAGGAUAUCAGACUUAAAAGAAUUCGACAUAAAUGGUUACAAUCAUACCUCCAACAUAGAAAACAGAUUAUAGGCAAUAUUUAUUCAAAUGUGUUUCAAUUAUGAGUUCCCAUUUUUUAUUUUUAAGAAAAGAAGCAUUUGUUUAAAUGAUGACGUUUUCGAAGAUGGUUCUUUACCAAAUACCAUUGAAGAUGCAGUCACCUCAGAUGAAGGUGACUUAACUGGAAACCCUUUAAAAGUCGAUCUUGGCAGCAUAGAUGAUACUGUUCAGUUGCUUGCAAAUUCGGUCAGAGCUGUUAGCUUUUGGCCACCUGAUGAAACCAAACAUUUCCCGCUUUCAGAGAGAGAAGCAAGAAAAAUUGUUAGAAGGAAGUUGAAGAACCCAAAUAAAAAUAAUUUACCCACCUAUGUCAUUUGCAGUGGUAAUGACCCUUUAAACACGGUAGUCUUUGGUUACCACUUAAAAGAUUUGAUGUUUUCGAAAGUUUACAUACUAAAUUGCAUUAAAAAAGAUGAUGCUUCGAAAAAAUUAAAUGACAUGGUAAAAUCACAUCUUAAGCUGGAGGGUCCCCAAGAGGUUACUUAUUUGGUUAAAAUGAAAUAUGAUAUCUACGGAAGAAGUUUUAAAACAUUGCCAAAUCAGAACGCUUCAUUGCGAAAGUUAGGCAAACACGCCAGCCUAUCUGUUGAUGUAGUUUGCCCUCAGUGUAUUUUCAAUACAUUUCCCAUGAAGGAUGCCAUACUGAAAAUGAAUCUUGAAAUAAUAGUUGGCCAUCCGGUUCUUUCUCUUCAUAAUUUGUGGACAGAGUUAUCUCUUCUACAAUCCUAUAUAAGUAUUUUGUGGAAUGUUAAGCAGGGUGUGGAUGAAUAUAUGUUAUUGUCCAGUGAUCCUAUUGAUAUGAAUGUUAUAUGUGGAAAGAUGUGUGAUUUGGUUUCACCCAGAGUUAUGAAAUGUGAAGUUGAUAAAGAAGUCGACUUAAACAACAUCAGGGAAGAAAAUAUAUUAGACCAUCUUUGGAAUUUGUUAAAACAUUGCGAGGACAUUUAUACUUUAAGAGAGUGCUUUUACCAUUUUUUUGAAUUGCUUUUGGAGAAAAAUAGCAAUAGUGGACUAAUUAAAGAGAACAAGUCAAAUAUAGUUACAAUUAUUAAUAGCAUACUAAGUGGUAAGUCGGUGCUUUCUCCUAUUUCGCAUCUCCAAGCAGUCGAACUGCUCUUUGAGUUAGGAGCUUUGAAAUUGAAGAACGAUUACCAGGUUAUUUUAAAGCAAUUUUCAAUAACUGUACAAUCAAAGAUUGAGGCGGUUUGGAGUGAAUAUUUUCUGCAAUGUCAACCCUCCGAAGAUAAUAUUCGCCACACCCGAGUUACUCAAAAUUUCAAGACUUUUGGAUUGGAGUUAAGAAUAGAUCAGUUGUCCUAUUUAACUCAGCUUCACAUCGCGUCAGAAUUUAUUUACGUAGUAAAGGAGCUGGUUACAUUAUCAGAAGACAGUUUUUAUUAUUUGUGUGCCUCUUUGGAAAAAGAGUAUGUGCAUAAAAAACAAAUGAUUACGGAUUUUAUGGAGGUGUUUCAAUCUCCUUUAUGUGCGUUUUCAUUUGAACUACAGUCAAAAGAUGCCGCAUUAUUGGAAGAAGGACAUAUAUUUCCAUCGCGUUGGACUCUGAAUGUGGAUUGUAAACUGAAUUCACUAGUGCAGGAAACCACAGUUUAUGAUUUGUCAGAUUUUCCGGUUUUCCCACCUGUUAUUUAUGAUGAAUAUGACAUUCCUAUUAACCAGGAAAUGGAUUCGCCAAACAUGUAUUACGCUUCAAAAAUGGUUGAAAGAAAGGGGUUUUAAUUCGUUUAGUUAUUUUUUAAAAUUAAAAACUUUUUAAAUUGUAUUUGUUUACAUGAUGACCCACCCGAUUUUUUGAAACAGUUUAGUUGUUGGUGAUUAUUAAGGAUCCCAAGAGUGGCAGGUAGUUCGAGCAGUAGUUCACCAACCUUGGUGUUUAAAAUUUAGUUACAACUGCUUUUCCACAGCUCUUGGCAGUAAUUAUAAAAAAUGAGAACUAUAUUAUUCUUAAUGAGUUGAAAGCCACAACUCAAGAAAAUCGGAAAAAAUGCCAAGUUCUUUUUGGAAAAAAAUUACGUCAUUCUAAUAAGGAGCAAUUUCGGAAAGAUAUGCUCAAAAAGGUGCUACUGGAGAUUG